GAUUUGUUGAGGAUUGUGGAAGAGCGGUGAAAAUUUGAACUAGAAUCACUGAGAAAUUUUCUCCUUCCAAGUUGAAUCGGACCGAAAUGCGGAAUGCGAACGGCGGAACACAACAAAAACAAAUCAAUAUUGCCCCAAGACCAGCCCAUGUAUUUCUGUUGUGAUCCAAAUGAAACGCUUCGCCGUGCCAAAUUGCAGCUCCUCCGACGAGAAUAUAGAUAGCACUGCGAAUUUUCGGCUUUAUAAUGAUCCUCCGUUCUGCGAGCCGCAGGUAGAAAUCCACAUAAGCGCUGGAGAAGAAAUCCACGAUGAAAAUUCCAUGCCAAUAUUCGAGGUUUCAGUCAGCGACGAGUUUGAGGACGUCGCCGAGGACGAGGAGGAGCAAAUCAAGCUGUGCUCGCGACUGGCGAACUUUUUCGCCCAGUCGAAAGUGGAAUCGGGCUCCAAAUGCUCGGAACUUUGCCGCAUUUGCGGCGUGAAACGGAAAGAGAUGGUGGGCAUCUUCAGCGACGAGGGCCAGAAGAGAGGCUUGAGUGGCAAAAUGCAGAAGCACCUGCCCAUAAGCGUGUCGGACAGUGACCGGCUGCCGCUGCAGAUUUGCGCCGUGUGCGCCACGUACCUGGACGUGUGGCACGAACUGUCCAGGUGCUGCGCCCUGACGGAGCUGCGCCUGCAGGAGCUCGUGGCCAAGGAGGAGCUCGAAGAGAGCAAUAAGAAAAUAAUAGAAACCGGUUUGGAGUGUCUGAACACGCCUGAAUUUGUGUCUGCUUUUGGAGUCGAGCGGGACACCGUCCAAGCGAAAAAUAAGUCGGCGGAAAAGUCGAUGAUCAAAGUGGUGGUCGUUCGACUCAACAACUCGGAAGAGAUCUCAAACGCUUUGUCCAAAUUAGAGGAAAACCCUUGCUCGCCGUGCGCGUCGGACAGUCGCGACCUGUUCCGGUGCACGGAGUGCAACGAGGACAUCCAGGGGAUCGAGGCGGCGGCCAAGCACCAGCGGGAGGUGCACGCGAUCGACAUGCUGCUGUGCCAGUGGUGCAAGGAGCCGUUCGACUCGCAGCAGCAGCUGCAGGCGCACCAGCUGGAGAAGCACCUGGCCGAGUGCCUCAAGGUGACCAACGUGGCCGAGAUCCAGCUGCUGCACGAGGGCGCCAUGAAGGUGUCCAAGGAGUUCGACCAGAUGGACAAGUCGCUGCAGAACAAAAUCGUGGACGCCAUCCAGGCCAUGGUCGGCAAGCAGCCGGCGCUCACGCACCAGCAGCAGCAGCAGCAGCAGCCGGCGGUCGACUUCAUCUGCCACUACUGCCAACUUAGUUUCCUCACCAAGAGGAUGCUCUCCAGGCACAUCACCGAACACUCCGAGUACAAGGCCUUCAGGUGCACCGAGUGCAUGAAAGGGUACAGCACGAAGGUGGGCUACGCGCUGCACAUGCGCAAGCACACGGAGGAGAAGCCGAUCAGCUGUCCCGAGUGCGGCAAGACGUUCAAGCACACCUCGAACCUGAAGGCGCACCAGAAGUCUCAUUUGCCCGACGAGCAGAAGAAGCGGUUCAAGUGUCCGCUGUGCGAGAAGAAAUUCCGCUGCCAGUUCCUCGUCGACGAGCACAUGCGAAUCCACACCGGCGAACGGCCCUACUCGUGCCACGUUUGUCCAAAGUUGUUCCACCGCAAGCAGCAGCUCUCGCAGCACCUGCUCGUCCACAGAACCGAUCUCACCUUCGAGUGCCACCUCUGCGGCUCAAGGUUUAACCGGAAGGGAAAUUUGACUGAGCACAUGAAGAAGCACGUGAGCAAGAACAAGUACUCGUGCAAAAUCUGCAAGGAGGCGUUCGACAGCGUGAGCGAGGUGGUGGCGCACCGCAAGCGCCACUCGACCGAGGAACUGGCCCAGUCAAAGUCUGAGACGCGCACUCGCAACACGGAAAUCAAGUUCGAGUGCGAGUUCUGCAAAAAGCAGCUGGCCACCAAGGUCUCCCUGACGGCCCACCUGCGCAUCCACACCGGAGAAAAACCCUUCGAGUGCGACGCCUGCGGAAAAAAAUUUUCGCAGAAGCCGGCGCUAACGUAUCACAAAAAGCUGCAUUCUGGAGAAAAACCGUUCCGCUGCGCCUACUGCGACGAGGGGUUCGUCACGAAAACUGCGAAGGCGAUUCACGAACGCAUCCACACGAACGAAAAACCCUACUCGUGCCAGUACUGCGGCGCCUCAUUCCGAGGAUCUGGAAGUCUCAACCAGCACAUGACCGUGCACAGCGAGGAGAGAAGGUUCAAAUGCAGCCACUGCACCCGCUCCUUCCACAGGAAAGAGGCGUUGCAAAUCCACGAGCGGAUCCACACGGGUUUCAAGCCGUACGUGUGCGACAUCUGCGGGCGGCCCUUCACGCAGAGGGGCGACCUGACGAAACACAAGACGACCCACUCGAAGAGCAGCCGGCAGCACUCGUGUCGGCUGUGCGUGUUCGUGUGCACCAACCGCAAGGAGAUGAAGAAGCACGAGGCGACGCACGCCGCCGAUGACGACGUGCUGGUCGCCGAGAACCUCAUCUCCUUCCCAGAGAUAGCAAUAGAACAAGACUGCGAGAUGAUGCUCGACGAGGGAGUCAUGCAAGUAGAUCUAAACCCAAUUAAACUCGCUUAGACACCUGGAUUACUCGUUUUAUUGGAUGGAAAAAUAAUCCUUUAUCGAAUAUAUAUAUUUAUCGCUUUGCUGUACUGAUUUAUUUAUUUCUAAAUUGAAUAAAAUCGUUUUUGACUGAAAAGAGGACAAA